GUCCAGUCUGCAUGCCCACGUUCUUCUUUCUCCUUUUCGUCCCACCUGGGAGGCGUCAGUGCUGAAGUGUCCCAGAAUGCACAGCUAGCUCUGCGGGGCUGGUCCUCCUCCCGCCGCGGUCAGGCCUGCGUCGAUCCGCCUCCCUCCAAAAACCGGGAGUCCCCGGCCGCUGGAGAGCUGGGCUUGAGGUGGAGGAGCGGGCAGGUGUUUUGUGUUGGCGGCCCAGUAUUAGCGGGUGACGUUUUGCUGUCCCGCGCAGGGCAGCCAGAUGUCCAAGUACGGCAACGGGACGGUGCGCGGCUUCUCGACCCGCUCGGCGGUGGAGAUGGGGCCGCGCCAGAAGAUCAGCCUGGGCGCCGGGGGCGGCAGCGUGUACCAGCAGGGCGGCGCCGACGUGCGGGCCGGUUACCAGACCCGGCAGACCGCCUCCCGCACCGUGAGCCGCGGCGGCGGCGGAGGGGACCCCGAGGUCAUAUCCCUGAGCUCGCUGCGCUUCCGGAGCCUGCCGGCCCAGAGCGCCGUCUCCCACUGGAUGCGGGAAGACAGCGACGGCAGCCUGGCGUCGGAGCGGGACGCCACGGUCAACCGGCACUCCACCUACAGCGCCUUCGAGGGCUACAGCGCCGCGGGCCAGGCCAGGCAGGCACCCCUCGUGCCCUCCUCCUCCAUGCGGCGUUCCCUGAGCGGGACCCUGUACCGCCAGGCGGGGGGCGGGGCCGAGGGCGGGGCCAUGGGCGUGGCCGCCGACGAGGGCCCCGCCCACACCUACAAGGGGCCGGCCCACCGCACCAUCAGCCGCGUGCACAACCGCAACCGCAUGAGCGUCAGCUCCGUGUCGCAGCAGCAGCAGCAGGUGGCCGCCGGGGGCUACGGCAUCAUGGGCCAGGGCAUGAGCGGCUCCCAGGCGGCCAUGCUGGCGCAGCAGGGCACCCUGAACAGGGCCAUGUCCGUGAAGAGCCUGCACAGCGUGGGGAAGGGGGUGGACCUCUACGACGGCCAGUUUGACUUCAUGAACUCCAACGGCGGGCUCAACAACCUGACCAUGUCCACCGCGGUCAGCUACCUGUCCAUGCUGGACCCAGAGAUGCAGUUGCUGGGGGCAGCCUACAUCCAGCACGAGUGCUACCACAACAGCGACGCCAAGACCCAGGCGCGCCAGCUGAAGGCCAUCCCCGCGCUGGUGAAGCUCUUCAACAGCGAGAGCCAGGACGUGCAGCGCUACGCCACGGGCGCCAUGCGCAACCUCAUCUACGAGAACCUGGACAACAAGAGCGCUCUGAUCGAGGCCGGCGGCAUCCCGCAGCUCAUCGAGGCGCUGAGGGAGUCCGACGACGAGCUGCGCAAGAACGUCACCGGUAUGCCCCGCCCCUCGUCCCGCCUUCUCGCACCGCCCAUCUCUUGCUCCGCCCCCUGA